UGCAUUUUUUUCUGCGGCUCAUUCAGGACCAGGGGUUGUCUCUAAAACCUGUGUGGAUUGGAUCCAGAAUCUAAAUUUCAUUUAGUUUCAAGUUCGCGGCGGUUUGUACGGGCUUACAAGUAAUGCUACCUUACAAGUAAUGCUACACAUGAUAACAGCUGUAUCUCAUUUUCCUCUUUUUUGUCCAAGAAGAGAAGCCCCUGGUUACACGUUAACACGUUUGCUCUGUCAUUCUCUUAGGAUCGAUGCGUGCGGUCACAUAGCUGGGUAAAAACGUUUCUGCUUGUAAUAUGUAGCAUUAUUCUGCUUUAAUCUUAUAAAUGACAACGACAAACAGACCCGGACGGGCUUGAUGAGAGUUUGGCAUCCGAGGAAAUCUGAGUGUGAAAUGGACGAAUCUGCGGCGUAAGGUCGAUAGACUUUCUUUACGUUUUCAGUGGGAAAAAAUCCUGAUCCAGGUCGAGCACAGGUAAAAAUGUAGAACGGAAUGCUUAAGGUUUCUAGGGGAAUAAAAUGCCUCUGCUUAUGUAUUUUGGUAAACCGGUGGUUACAUUUGUGGGACAUAGAUCUGGAAAUAGCAGCAGAACGAAAUGAUUGGAAAGCGAAGCGGAAUCACACGGGAGGGAUCCGAGGGAACGUAAUGUCACCCAGGCGGGGAACGAAGCGGGAGUCACGGUGAUAUUAAAGACUGCCGUGUCACCGAAUUAAAUACGAUAAACAGCUAAAAACCAGUUAUUGGUGAAUGAAACUGUUAACAUUUUUUCCUAAUGUGUGAUGACAAAACAUGGGGGGUCGCACAUCGAGUGGCAUGUAUUUAAUUCACCGCACUAAUAGGCUUUCGGUCUGUGCUGAAAUUAUAAGUCGUUAAUAAUAGAUCAGCCAUUUUUCUAAUAGGAAGUGCUCCUUUGUGGUUAUUUUUAUUUUUUGCUCUGGGUGCGCGCCCUGGCAUCCGAUAGCCUCGGUAGUGUUCACCCACGGCUCGGGUGCCUCUGAGUCCGGCUGAGAAAUCUCUCGUACCGGCGCUGCUGGGAUGCAGCAGGGCGCCUGUGCGUGCCGCAGAGUCACACCAGGACGCCUUUGGUUCCGGGCCCGGUAGCGUAAAAGAAAGAAAUAAACCCUCCGAGGUCUGCUCCUCCAGGUGUCCGCCCGCGAUCUCGCUAUGGACGACUCGGGGAUCAUUCGGAGAAGGAGGUUGCAGGAUCUUCCACUUCCACGCAAAAGUAGCAGCUGCAGAGCCAGUAACAGGAAGAGUCUGAUCCUGACAAGCACGUCGCCCACUCUGCCCCGCCCACACUCGCCCCUCCCGGGACAUCUUGGAAGCAGUCCGCUGGAUAGCCCUCGGACCUUCACCCCCAGCAACCCCGCUCACUUCUCCUUCGCCUCCUCCAGGAGGGCAGAUGGCAGGAGAUGGUCUCUGGCCUCCCUGCCCUCCUCGGGAUAUGGAACCAACACCCCCAGCUCGACGUCCUCCAGCUCUUCCCAGGAACGGCUGCACCAGCUUCCCUUCCAGCCCACCAUGGACGAGUUGCACUUCCUGUCGAAGCACUUUGGCAGCACGGAGAGCAUCGCGGACGACCCUGGGGGGCGCCGCUCUCCCCACGUCAGGCCCCGGUCCCGUAGCCUCAGCCCCGGUCGAUCACCCUCCUGCUUCGACAAUGAGAUUGUGAUGAUGAACCACGUCUACAAGGACCGCUUCCCUAAGGCCACGGCACAAAUGGAGGAGCGCUUAGCCGACUUCAUCCAGGCCUACUCCCCGGAGAACGUGCUGCCCCUGGCUGACGGGGUCCUCAGCUUCAUCCACCACCAGAUCGUGGAGCUGUCCCGCGACUGCCUGGCCAAGGCACGUGGUGCCCUCAUCUCCAGCAUCUACUUCAUCGAGCUGCAGGAGAGCCUGGAGAGGCUGCUGCAGGACGCGUAUGAACGCUCUGAGAGCUCAGAGCUGACGUUUGUCACAGAGCUGGUGAAGAAACUCCUCAUCAUCAUCUCUCGCCCCGCCAGACUCCUCGAGUGCCUGGAGUUCAACCCCGAGCAGUUCUACCACCUCCUGGAGGCUGCAGAAGAUCACGCCAAAGAGGGUCACCUGAUGAAGACGGACAUCCCCCGCUACAUCAUUAGCCAGCUUGGGCUUACCAGGGACCCCCUGGAGGAGAUGGUUCACCUUGAAAGCUGCGACAGUGCGGGGUCCCACACCCCGGAGACAGAGGACUCCGAGGGCAAGAUGAAGGCUAUUAAGCCACCCAGUGAAAGCGACUUCCAGAAUAUCAAACUGAUCAGCCACGGCGCCUAUGGCGCGGUGUACCUGGUCCGACACCUGGAGACGCGGCAGCGCUUUGCCAUGAAGAAGAUCAACAAGCAAAACCUGAUCCUGAGGAACCAGAUCCAACAGGCCUUCGUGGAGAGGGACAUCCUGACCUUUGCGGAGAACCCGUUUGUGGUUGGCAUGUUCUGCUCCUUUGAGACACGCCGGCACCUCUGCAUGGUCAUGGAGUAUGUGGAGGGGGGAGACUGUGCCACUCUGCUGAAGAACAUUGGCGCCCUGCCCGUGGAGAUGGCACGCAUGUACUUCGCUGAGAGCGUCCUGGCACUGGAGUACAUUCACAACUACGGCAUAGUGCAUCGUGACCUCAAGCCAGACAACCUGCUGAUCACAGCCAUGGGACACAUCAAGCUCACAGACUUUGGCCUGUCCAAGAUCGGUCUGAUGAACCUGACCACCAACCUGUACGAGGAGCACAUCGAGAAGGACACCCGCGAGUUCCUGGACAAGCAGGUGUGUGGCACCCCGGAGUACAUUGCCCCAGAGGUGAUCCUUCGGCAGGGCUAUGGCAAGCCGGUGGACUGGUGGGCCAUGGGCAUCAUCCUGUAUGAGUUCCUGGUGGGCUGCGUGCCCUUUUUCGGCGACACCCCUGAGGAACUCUUCGGACAAGUGAUCACAGAUGCCAUUGCCUGGCCUGAGGAGGAGGAGGCCCUUCCUGCUGAUGCCCAAAGCCUCAUUUCAGCUCUUCUGCAGACAAGCCCAUUGAUUCGGUUGGGCACAGGUGGCGCUGCUGAGGUGAAGCAGCACUCAUUCUUCUCCGAGCUGAACUGGAACAGUCUGCUAAGACAGAAGGCAGAGUUCAUUCCUCACUUAGAAUCAGAGGAGGACACCAGCUACUUUGACUCGCGGUCGGAACGCUACCAUCAUAUCAACUCGUACGAUGAGGACGACACCAACGACGAUGAGCCAGUGGAGAUCCGACAGUUUUCGUCCUGCUCCCCCCGGUUCAGCAAGGUGUACAGCAGCAUGGAGCACCUCUCACAGCUGGAGCCGAAACUGUCCACGGUGACCAGGCGGGAACGCAAGGGCCCACAGGAGGACCGGCGGCCCAAGAGGGAGAGUCUGGGCAGCCUGAGCGCCCUGGGGCUGCGUGACCGCAGCUGGAGGGUGGGCUCUCCUGACAUGAAGCGCCUGUCCUGCUCCGAGCUGUCCUACAUGGAGAGUGACUCCAGCCCUCCACUUGGUGCCCGCCGCCGUUUCUCGGCCCUUAUGGACACGCACCGCCUGUCCUCACCACUGGAGGGCGACCCUGAGCAACAGCCUCGCCAGCAUCCAGUUAAGACCAGGGGAAAGUCCUUCGAGGGGGUAGCGGCCACCUCCACCGCUCAGGCCGAACAGAGUGCCCCCCUAAAGGAGGACGUCGGGGGUGCCAUGGGAGACAUUAUGAGGACAGCUGGAGAAUUGGCAGGUCCAGCAGUCGCUGCUGUGGCUGCGGGGGCCCCCAGGGACCUUGUCCUGCGUCACACGCGGCAGCCGCUGCUGGGAGACGGAGAGAAGCAGGGCCAGCGGGCCGGGGGCAAGGUUAUCAAGUCAGCCUCGGCCACAGCCCUGUCCGUCAUCAUCCCCUCAGUGGAGCCACAUGGAACAUCCCCACUGGCCAGUCCCAUGUCCCCUCGCUCACUCUCCUCCAACCCGUCGUCGCGGGACUCCUCCCCCAGCCGCGACUGCUGCCCCGCUGUCAGCGCGCCACGUUCACCCAUCACCAUCCACCGCUCAGGCAAGAAGUAUGGCUUCACGCUGCGUGCCAUCCGCGUCUACAUGGGUGACAGCGACGUCUACAGCGUGCACCACAUGGUCUGGCAUGUGGAAGACGGUGGCCCCGCCCAGGAGGCGGGCCUCUGUGCCGGUGACCUCAUCACACACGUGAACGGGGAGUCGGUCCACGGAUUGGUCCACACAGAAGUCGUGGAGCUCAUUUUGAAGAGCGGAAACAAGGUGAUGGUCACCACCACGCCCUUUGAGAACACCUCCAUCAAGAUAGGACCCGCCCGCAGAUCCAGCUACAAAUCAAAGAUGGCGCGAUGCAGCAAGAGAACCAUGUCCAAGGAGGGGCAGGAGAGUAAGAAGCGCAGCUCUCUGUUCCGGAAGAUCACCAAGCAGGCCAACCUGCUGCACACCAGCCACAGUCUGUCUUCCCUCAACCGCUCCUUGUCCUCCAGUGACAGCCUCCCCGGCUCGCCCACGCAUGGCCUGUCUGCCCGCUCGCCCACUCAGAGCUUCCGCUCCACCCCUGACUCCGCCUACCUAGGCACCUCCUCCCAGAGCAGCUCCCCGUCCUCCAGCACACCCAACUCUCCGGCGGCGUCCCAGCACGCGCGACCCAGCUCACUGCAUGGCCUGUCGCCCAAGCUGCACCGGCAGUACCGCUCGGCCCGCUGCAAGUCCGCCGGCAACAUCCCACUGUCGCCGCUGGCGCACACGCCCUCGCCCACGGCCUGCUCGCCGCCACCGCCACUGCCGGGCCACUUGGUGGGCAGCUCCAACACCACGCAGGCCUUCCCGGCCAAGCUGCACUCCUCGCCUCCGGUGACCCGUCCGCGGCCCAGGAGUGCCGAACCGCCCCGCUCCCCACUGCUGAAGCGCGUUCAGUCUGCCGAGAAAGUGGCCCCACCCUUCCCCUGCUCCCAGGACAAGAAAGUGGGUGGGGUCACUGGAAUGGGCGGGGUCAUUGGAAUGGGUGGGGCCACAGGAAUGGGCGGACGCAAGCACGGCCUGGAGUCCCUUCACCCGGAGCACCGCAAGGAGCCCUUUCACAGCGAACUGCCCCUGCAGAGCCUGCUGGAGACGGAGGCCGAGGGUCCUGCCACCUCCACCCCAGGGCCCACCACCCAGAGGGCAGCCCCUCCCAAACCCAUGCGGAAAUUAGGGAGGCAGGAGUCACCUCUGAGCCACGAAGUCCUGCUGGCAGAGAUGGAGAGAUUGAGAAAAGAACCAGAGGAGGGGCGCACCAAGACAGAGCCGGAAAAACUCACUGAGGGGGUUCAGCUCGCCCAGGCCCUGCCUGGCUGUAUGCCCCCAGUGACAGCAGAGUCCCUGACUGGCCAAACAGUGCUCCCCCUAGUGAGGGAUCAGAGAUCCACCCCUGUCAGUAAGCCUGUGGACCUGAACCUUCCAGUCUCAAACACCUCAGAGAAGCUUGUGGCAUCUGGCCUGGUCCAGAGUGUGGCCACCUUAGACCACAAGCAGUGGGACCGGCUACAGGAGACCCUCCCAGCCUGCAAGGCGGGAAAGACGGAGGAGCAAAAAGAGAGGAAGCAGGGGGCUGGCAGAUUAAUGGAGCCCAUGGGGUCCAGCCUGCAGGGGGACGCGGUCUCCACAACGGACAGGGCUGAAACCAGACUGGCAGAGACUAAGAAUGAAAACCUACAUAUCAGUCACUCUGAUGCAGAAACCAGGGCUAAAAGCGCCACCCUUGUAGCUUCUGGUCCUGCUGUAGCUCCAGGCUCAUCUCCUGCACUGGCAUCAGCCAAGCUGAACAUGGACAAGGGCUCAGGCCCAGUUCCAGAGGACAAGAGUCUCCUUGAGGUGGCAGAGGAGCGCAAUACGUCUUCCUGCCCCUGCCAGCCUAUCUCCCCCUGUGCCAAGGCCAGCUCUGCAACCCACACAGCCAGCAUGGUAAAGACUGUGCUGGGGCCUGGUACUCAGGAGGCAGCCCUGGGAAAAGGGAGCGCUAAGGGGGUGGGUGGGAGGAGAGCCAGCCCUGCCGGUCAGACGGGGGAUUCCUCUGAGGGUCCGCCAGCCGAUCCCACGGCGACGGCAGGCCCAGGUGGCGCCGCUCAGCGUCUCCAACACUGACCGGAGCUCCUCCAGACUGCACCUGUGAGUGCCAGUGGAUUGGCCAGGGGCUUCGAGGGCGGGGUCAGGGGCGGGGUUUACUGAGAAUCAAUCACAGAACACAGCACAAUUUCAAGCCCUUAAACAUUCCAGUCAAGGGGAAAAAAAUGUAACUUAACAAUAAAAUGCAAAGUGUAAAUAAAUGUAUAUCGAAACAAGUAGCCAAAACCCAACUGUCAAGGUGCUUCUUAAUACUGCGUCAUUCGCACCAUUACUUAGACAAAUGCAGACAAAUAUGAAAGUUGCGGGUUGGCGGCAAAACCUUCCGUUUCUGCGUCUAGUUAUAGCCGAAUUCUAGCAGAGAAUCGAAGCGUCUGAGGAACUGGGGACAGACCCAUUUUUGAGAGGCGGAAUCUGAUUGGUGGAAAGCUUCCCAUGUGACCUCUGCCUGUCGCUUUUGUCUGGCUGAAGAUCACAGUUCAUAUAGCAGGCAGGGCAGUGUUGCAGUGGUGUUGCCUAGUGGUGUGUUAGUGUGCUUACAGGGCUGGGCUUGCACUAGGGCCCUAGGAGGCCGCAACCUGUGGACAUCUUGGUUUAACUCAGCUGGUGCAGUGAACUGAACUCAGUCAUGCAGUGGGUAAUUAAUCACUACCUUACAUAUCAGGCAUUUUGGCUUAAUCUGCUAUAUUUUCUUUAGAAAAAAGAAAUGCCACAUAACUAUUCCUAAUUCCAAAGUUCAAAGCGUACGACAGAAAUGGCAGGGAUACUAGCGUGAUAUCUGCGUAGAGUUUUUAAAAAGAUCGACUCAAAGCUGUUAAUAAAGUAUUUGACCUUUGUAGAGUUUUGUUCUGGUGUGUGAUUCACUUCAGACUUUUCUGUAGAUGUGAGACAUUUUAACUCCAGAAUUUGGGUGACCGUGCAUCUCCAAGGGCUAAAUCUGGAUUCGUGCAAAUAAAGAAUGUGGUUUGGUGGAGGUUACAGUGGAGGUUACAGAAAGGGAAUGUCGACCCCUUUCUCCUUUGUGAAUGUUACAGUAAUGAAUCACUAUGAAUCUCUGUAUAAUGAACUAUCCAUACAAUGAAAGCGUUGAAAGUCUAUAGGCUUUGAAAUGGAGUUACUUGAAAUUCUAGGAAAGGUGAACACGUGAAUAUCUUUGCCAGGACUAGCACCAAAAAUAUUUCUGUAAAAGAACAUAGUCUCACAUGGCUUUGUUAUUAGAAUUCGCUCUAACUGUUGUGUGCAAAAACAAAAAAAAAAAUACUGACUGGCUUAAAACUGUUUUUUGUCCUCAGUUGUAUGCAAAACACUUUCCAUAUAUGAGAUGUCUGAAAUUUAGUGUCAGUGUUUUAGUCAAGUGCUGUUUACAAUAUGCGUAAUAAUAUGCAAAGGUCUUUUGACUAGUUAGCUUCAGGUUAUUUUUCCUGUGGUAAAUGUUGGCCUUUUCCGUUGCUUAGCUAUGACUUACUGCCCUCUAGUGGUAAAUAACGCCCUUUAAAACAAAGCCUGUCUUUUGGAUAGACCUGUCAUUACUGCAUCACACAAAGCAGAGUCAAGAGCUGAGAACUCGUGCUCAAAGCACGUCAGUGUGUUUCUUUUGGUGUGUUUAUGUUAUGAUUUCUCACAGCUGCUUUCUGGUUUUGUUAUUUUCAUAAGGCAGCAAUUUCACAGAUUGAAAAAAAAGACAUAUUUUAAUGCUGUAAAAAUAGAUUAAAUUAUUAUUUAUUUUUUAUCGAUGGGUCAUGAAUAUUAGUGUGAUAUUGGUGAACUGAAACUGUGGUUGUCCUGAGUAGAGCAGGUAAUACACUGUCCUGUGGAGAAGGGACGAAAUGCUUCACUUUACCGCUAAAACUGUGUAGCUCACAUUUCUAAGCAGCUCGAAGCCUCAUAAUUGUGAUGUGCGUCAGUUUUUUAUUUUAAAAAGUUUUAAAUGCACUUUACCUGACACGUUCAUGUAUUUAUCUUUAUGAAGUCUGGGGCAUUUUUCAUACUGUAUUAUCUAUUGCUGCAGUGCUGGUGAGAGAAUGCCGUUUCUGGUUUUCCGUCUACAUUUUUGCGUGCUGUGGGUGAUGUAUUCCCACCGACUGUCCCAGUAGAAUCAUUUUACGCUUGUAUGUUUUAAUGGCACUGUUAUUGUGCUUAUUGUGAAUAUGAUACAGAGAGUUCACUAUGUGCAGUAAAAUGUAAUAAAAAUCGGA